CCCCAAAAAAAAGAUGGCAGACUUUCGGGACGACAACGGAGCUCGAGCCCUACUGGCCUUGCAAUCUGCCCCUUGCAGCCCUGUUCGAGUCGGGGUGACCUCGGCCGCACACCCUCCCAAUUUCUCCUUCUCGGGCUCUUCGGUGCUGGGCCGGGGCUGCGGAAUGCCUACUCGCCUCGCGUCCCCGCCUCGGGCCCUGGCCAAGCUCGAAGGCCGGGACUUUGAGUUUGUCAUGCGGCAGCGAACGGUGACCGUAGGCCGUAACUCGUCGCACGGCUCCGUGGACAUCAACAUGGGUCACUCCAGCUUCAUCUCUCGGCGGCACCUCCAGAUCACCUUGGAGGAGCCGUGCGGGUUCUCGCUGCGCUGCCUCGGCAAGAACGGGGUGUUCGUGGACGGCGUGUUCCAGAGGAGAGGCGCGCCACCCAUGCAACUGCCCCGAGACUGUGUAUUCAGGUUCCCCAGUACAGUGAUAAAGAUCCAGUUCUCCUCUCUGUUGCCUGGAGAGGAGUUGAGAGAGGAGGAGCAGCAGUCUCCUCCGCCCCGCCUCUCCCUCCUCCCCCACAUCUCCCCCCUCAAGAUCAGCAUUCCCACAAUGCACCACGAUGACCUGCGACACCUGGUCAGCCCGCUGCCCUCCCCGACAGGCACCCUCAGUGUUCCUAACUCGUGCCCGGCCAGUCCGAGGGGUGCGGGGUCAUCGGGUUAUCGCUACGGACGCAACGUGACCUCCGACCUCCAGCUGGCUGCAGAGUUCGCUGCAAAGGCUGUCUCCGAGCAACAGAGGGGUAUUGCCGAGCAACAGGGAGAGUCCGGCGGCGGAGACAGCCCCAAGGAUGAGUCUAAGCCUCCCUACUCCUACGCCCAGUUGAUAGUCCAGGCCAUCUCUUCAGCACCAGACAGACAGCUGACCCUCUCUGGAAUCUACACGCACAUCACCAGACACUACCCCUACUACCGUACCGCUGACAAGGGCUGGCAGAACUCGAUCCGCCACAACCUGUCCCUGAACCGUUACUUCCUGAAGGUGGCUCGGAGCCAGGAGGAGCCUGGGAAAGGUAGUUUCUGGCGCGUGGACUCGGCCUCAGAGGGGAAGCUGGUGGAGCAGGCCUUCAGGAAGAGACGGCAGCGGGGCGUGGCCUGCUUCCGCACGCCGUUCGGACCGCUCUCAUCCAGAACAAAGAGUGCCCCAGCCUCCCCCACCCACCAGGGUCUCCUCUCCCCCCCCUCCAGCGGUGUCCAGACCCCAGAGUGUCUCUCUAGAGAGGGGUCUCCUCUGUCUCAUGACCACACCCACCACCACGACCUGGCUCAUAAACUGGCCUCCGUACCAGAGUACAGAUAUACACAGAGCGCCCCAGGUUCUCCAGUUCACGGCCAGCCUGUGAUCAUGGCUGCCCCGCCCCACCCCCUGCCCUCGGGGAUGGGUAAACCCCUAGCCUUGUUCGGUGGGGGGCAGACCCUCCACAUGCUGCAGAGCCCCCCCAGUACCCUCACCAUGCUCCGUCUGGUCACCACGGCUACGGCCUCUCACCCCGCCAACGGGUACAUCCUCACCCCCGGGGGGGGACAGAGUCAUGGUAAUACCAGCGCUGGCCAGCAGGGAGCAGAGGGCACCGGCGAGCAUAGAGACAUGCAGCAGCAGACUAGGGAACGAGUGAUCCAGUCGUUGGAGGGAGCUCAGCAGGGGGGUCAGGGGUCGGAGGGGCGUGGCCUAUCUCUGGGGCUGCACCAGCUCCCUGUCCGCCCUGUCACUCAGAACGGCAAGCACACUGCCGUCGCCACGACUACCAGCGUCGCCAACGCUUACGCUCUGACCAGUCCUCUCCAGAUCCUGGCAGCCCAGGCCUCCAGCUCCCCCCCAGUCCUGGUGAGCAGACAGCCCAGCGCGGGGCCGGAGGUGCCAGGCGAGCCCCAGGCUAAGAGGCCUAAGAUGGAGGAGGACGACGAGGCGGCUCCUCCCAUGCAGCAGCCAGUCAUCGUGGCCAUGAGCUCUCAGCCACACGACAACAGGAAGUAGAACUUCUGAACUCUAACCCCCUAACCUGGUGCCUAGAGGAAGGGGGGAUCCUCUCUGGGUGAACCAUCUCACCAGUCUCUGACCCCUGGGUCCCAGUGUCUGCCGGUUCACCCUCUGAUCCCUGACCUCUAACCUCCUACUGAUGGCUGUCAAUUAACGAUCACUGACCAGUCAUCCAUAACUCGUAUUGAUUAAUAACAGCCCAGUGAUCAAUAACUGCUAGAUGACGCCAGGUCCCUGACCUUUAACCCCUGAUGCCAGAUCUCUCCCUGUGGUGCCAUUUGGUGUCACGCACCCCAGGUGUCACCAGGUAGAUAAAGGUCUGUGGCCCAAAUGGCACCCUAUUUUCCUUUAAAUAAUAAAUAGUGCUUUAAGACCAAGGUUUGGUAAGAGCCAGCAGACACCGUGGCCCAGGAGAGGAGGAGAGGAGGCCCCUGCAGGACCUGGUGUCUCUGGGGAGAGGAGGAGAGGAGGCCCCUGUAGGACCUGGUGUCUCUGGGGAGAGGGGAGGAGGAGAGGAGGCCCCUGCAGGACCUGGUGUCUCUGGGGAGAGGAGAGGAGGCCCCUGCAG